CAAAACGACCAUCUCCCUCUCUUGUUCUUUGACCUGGGUUCAGUAGGAAGAGGCGGAAUUCUCCACGGCCAUCUGGCCUGGGAAGCCUGGCAGAGCCGGCUCCCAGAAUGAAAGGACUCCUCUGCUUGUUUUCCUGGCUAUUUCUUUCCGAGGCUCAAGGCUUGGAAAUCCCCACAAAUGGACUUCCUGAAUUUGCCGAAUAUGGAGAUCUUGUGGAGCUCGCCCCAGGAAAAUUUCAAUUUGUACCAGAGAACCGGAGGUAUCAGAGAAGUGUUUCUGGGGAAUCCGGAGAAGCGAUGGAAGAUGUUGAUCAAGUAACACUUUAUAGUUACAAAGUCCAAUCCACUAUUACGUCUCGUAUGGCCAAUACUAUCAUCCAGAGCAAAGUGGUCAACAACUCCCCACUGCCUCAGAAUGUCGUAUUUGACGUGCAGAUUCCCAAAGGAGCCUUCAUUUCCAAUUUCACCAUGAGUGUAGAUGACACGAAGUUUACCAGCUCCAUUAAGGAGAAAACGGUGGGCCUGUCACUCUAUGCCCAGGCGAGAGCAAAAGGCAAGACCGCUGGAUUGGUGAGGAGCAGGGCCCUUGAUAUGGAGAACUUCAAAACUGAAGUCAACAUCCUCCCUGGAUCAAAGGCACAGUUUGAACUUCAGUACCAGGAAGUGAAAUGGAGGAAGCUGGGCUCCUAUGAACACAGGAUUCAUCUGCAACCUGGGCGACUGGUCAAACACUUGGAGGUGGAUGUGUGGAUUAUUGAACCUCAGGGAAUGCAAUUCGUUCAUGUCCCAGACACAUUCGAAGGUCAUUUUGAUGGAGUCCCUGUCAUAUCUAAAGGAAACCAGAAGGUGCACAUCUCCUUCAAGCCCACAGUAGCACAGCAAAGAAAGUGCUCCAACUGCUCAGAGACCGCUGUGGACGGAGAGCUGGUGGUGAUGUACGACGUGAAUAGAGAAGAGAAAGCUGGCAAGCUCGAGGUAUUUAACGGAUAUUUUGUUCACUUCUUUGCUCCUGAAAACCUGGAACCAAUUCCUAAAAACAUCCUCUUCGUCAUUGAUGUCAGUGGCUCGAUGUGGGGAGUUAAAAUGAAACAAACUGUGGAAGCCAUGAAGACCAUAUUGGAUGACUUAAGAGCUGAAGACCAAUUCUCUGUGGUUGAUUUCAACCACAACGUUCGAACCUGGAGAAAUGAUUUGAUUUCAGCCACUAAAACCCAAGUUGCAGACGCAAAGAAAUAUAUUGAGAAAAUCCAGCCCAAUGGAGGAACCGUAGGAGAACUUAAAUUGUCAAAAAUUCAGAAAAAUGUGAAGCAGAACAUACGAGACAAUAUCUCCUUGUUCAGUUUGGGGAUAGGAUUCGAUGUUGACUAUGAUUUUUUGAAGAGACUCUCUAAUGAAAACCGUGGGAUUGCUCAAAGGAUAUAUGGAAACCAGGACACGUCUUCCCAGCUCAAGAAAUUCUACAACCAGGUCUCCACUCCAUUGCUCCGGAACAUUCAGUUCAACUAUCUCCAUCCAGCUACGGAUGUCACCCAAAACAGUUUCCAUAACUAUUUUGGAGGCUCGGAGAUUGUGGUCGCAGGAAAGGUUGACCCGACCAAUUUGAAGCCAGUAGAGAGCAUCAUCACCGCAACCUCGGCCAGCACAGACCUAGUCUUGGAAACCCUGGGCCAGAUGGAUGACUUAGAGGACUUCCUAUCAAAAGACAAGCAUGCAGACCCUAAUUUCACCAAGAAGUUGUGGGCCUAUCUCACAAUCAACCAACUUCUGGCUGAACGGAGCCUGGCUCCGACCGCUGUAGCCAAGAAGAAAAUUACGAGAACAAUCCUGCAGAUGUCCCUGGAGCAUCAUAUCGUGACCCCGCUGACUGCGAUGGUGAUUGAGAAUGACGCCGGGGAUGAGCGGAUGCUGGCAGACUCUCCGCCACACGAUUACGCCUGCUGUUCAGGUGCUCUUUACUACGGCAGCAGAGUUCCUCCAACUGCAAUCCCGUCUUGGGCCAAUCCUUCCCCAACGUCUGAGGUUCCACUGCAUGCAAUGGGAGCGCAGGUCCUUGAGGCAACACCUCCUCCUCAUGUGAAUAGAGAAUUAUACCCACUCAAAGUGGUAGCAUUUAUUUGUUUUUGUUAUUAUAAGGAGUUCUACUGGAAGUGUAAAGAAAGUGUUGAACUGCUAACAUGGCGUGUUACAAGAGCUGUAAGAGGCCCCAAUAAAAUGGUCUUUAAACCAGCAAGCAAACAAAGUCUGUUCUGCUGCAGUCAAUUCCCUUGUGGCUUUCACACUAGGCUGCUUGUCUCAGUGAAGAAAGGGAAGUCCGUGACUCUCACCCUGGAUCAAGAGAUGUCCUUUACAGUUUUGCUGCAUCGUGUUUGGAAGAAACAUCCGAUCAAUGUAGACUUUUUGGGGAUCUACAUUCCCCCCACAAACAAGUUUUCACCCAGUGUGCACGGACUAAUAGGCCAGUUCAUGCAUGAGCCCAAGAUACAUGUUUUCAAUGAGAGACCGGGAAAGAACCCUAAGAAGCCAGAGGCAAGCAUGGAAGUGAAAGGACACAAGCUGACUGUCACCAGAGGCUUACAGAAAGACUACAGAGCUGAUAUAGUCUUUGGAACGGACGUGCCCUGCUGGUUCGUGCAUAACAGUGGAAAGGGUUUCAUCGAUGGACAUUACAAGGAUUACCUGGUGCCGCGGCUCUAUAGUUAUCUUAAAAGGCCGUAAGAGUUUUCUAAAUAAAGUUUUGGAAUUCAUUUGUAUAAAUACAAUUUUUCCCUGA